UGUUGUUGUUCACCUUGAAGUGCGGAACUUCUUUCAAUCUUUGUCAAAAUGUCAAUCUAUUUACAAAAGCUACGGGAGGUUCAGCAACUAGUUAAACACCAUGGCGGACUCAAGGCAGCGUUCCUCACACUAUACAAGACAGAUGGUUUGAAAAUGGGUGAACACAAAGGGACAGAUCAGUUUGGAAAUAGAUACUAUGAAAAUAAAAAGUUUUUUAUAGGUCGCAGUAGAUGGGUUGAGUUCACAGAUGGUGUUGGAGUUGACUAUGAUGCAAGCAUGAUCCCCCCUGAAUGGCGGUCUUGGCUCCAAUAUUCCAGGGAUGAGACACCUGUUGAUAAGACUGUUGCCCCUAAGAAGUGGCAUGGGCCCCAUAUAGACAACCGAUCCGGAAUGGCUGACCAGUACGUCCCUUACAGCACAACUCGACCCAAAAUACAGGCCUGGACACCGCCUAGGCAGUGACAUUGGGGCUUGGAUGACAGAUAAACCCUUUCCCACUUAGAUACAUAUUUUCACGCAUUUGUAGUCCCUUAGCAAGUUAUAUUAAAUUUAAGACUUUUUUUUACUAGAUUCAAGUUUUUAAAGCUUCAUUUCCAAACCUUAGAUACUGAUGAGCAGCAAACAGCAUUAAACCUGAACAGACUGCGAGUUACUUCUAAGUGGGAAAGGAUUAAGAUUGCUUUUGAUUUGAAGAUUGACUUUGGAAGAGUUUCAAUUAUUAUUUUUAUUUAGAUGUUAAUUAAGCCUUAACAGGGAUUGCUUUCAAAAGUCAUAUAUGCGUGGGUUUGCAUUUGGUAAUUUCAUUUGUAACAGAAACGGUUUUGACUAAAAACAAUUCAUGCAACAAUAAUAUUUGUAUGAAAUGCAGGUCUGUAAAUAAAUGUGUUUAUUGUU